AUGAUCAGCAGAAAGUACUGUUGGGUUAUUAGGAGGUACAACGGCAGUCACACUUGUACCAAAGCAAUCAUUUCUCAGGAUCAUUCGAAGCUGGAUUCAAAUACAAUUACAGAAGCCAUAAAGUCGUUGGUUGAGGCUGACCCCUCUUUAAAGGUAAAAUCAGUUAUUGCAGAAGUGCAGUCGAAGUUCAACUACACCGUCAGUUAUCGGAAAGCAUGGUUGGCUAAGCAAAAGUCAGUUGAGAAAAUAUUUGGAGGUUGGGAAGCAUCCUACAAAGCAUUGCCCAUAUGGUUCGAGGCCAUGUCUCAUAAGGAGCCAUCAGCUGUCGUGCAUUUUGAGACUAUACAUGCAUAUCAAGGUGAUGACUUGGUGGACGAGACUCACUUGUACGGAAAGUAUAAGGGUUGCUUGUUAGUGGCCGUUUCGCAGGAUGCUGUGGAACGCAGUCACGGAGCUUGGUCACCUCCUAGAGCUUUCUACAUGUUUUGUAUCAGGCAUAUUGAGUCGAACUUUCUGAGAAAAUUCAAGGCACCGUACCUGCAAAAGCUUGUCGUCAAUAUAGGAUAUUCGAGGACGGUUCGCAAGUAUGAAUUGUGUUACCAGCAUUUACGAGAGCGGGGUGAGGCGUACACUAAUUGGUUAAACCGUAUUCCCUGUGAACAGUAUGCGUUGGCAUUCGACGGUGGUUACCGAUGGGGUCACAUGACGACUAAUCUAGUGGAAUGCAUCAACUCAGUCUUGAAGGGUGCACGCAAUCUCCCCAUCACUGCACUUGUGAAAGCAACAUUCUACAGACUUAAUGAGUUGUUCACACGGAAAAGAGCCGAGGCGGAGGCUUGGAUUACUGCUGGCCAUGUUUUUUCUGAGCAUGUGACUGCCAAACUUCAUGCAAAUCAACUUGCAUCAGGAAAAAUUCAAGUUAACUUCUUCGACAGGAAGAAUGAGGUCUUUGAAGUGCGUGAGAUGCCAAGUGGAGUGGAGUAUGCUGUUGACCUCCGUCGUCAAAGAUGUGACUGUGUUGAGUUCCAGGUGGACCGGAUUCCUUGCCCGCAUGUGUUUGCCUGUUGUGCAAAUCAACGACUAGAUUAG